UAUAACAACCUCCUCCUCAUACUCCUUCUAUCUCUUCCUCUCCUCCACUCAGUCCCAGUAGCUAGCCCAAUUUAUAUGCCAACUCGGCUCAUGCACUGACUGACUCCAGUCCUAUUCAAUCAUUUUAGCUGAGGUUGUGUUCAGAGUAUCAGAUCCCAUCUGAUCGAUCGAGCACUCACUUCUACAACAAUGGGGGAAAAGGAAAAGGUGACGAUAAUGAUUCUGAAGGUGGACCUUCAGUGUGAAAAAUGCUACAGGAAGGUCAAGAAAGUUCUCUGUAAAUUCCCUCAAAUACGAGACCAGAUGUACGACGAGAAGAACAACCUGGUGAUCAUCCAAGUGGUCUGCUGCAGUCCUGAAAAGAUCAGGGACAAGCUAUGCUACAAAGGAGGUGGCGCCAUUAAGAGCAUCGAGAUCAAAGUGCCCGAGAAGCCCAAGCCAAAGGAGCCGGAGAAGCCUAAAGAUCAGAAACCCAAGGAGCCGGAGAAGCCUAAAGAGAAACCAAAGGAGCCGGAGAAGCCUAAAGAGCAACCAAAGGAGCCGGAGAAGCCUAAGGAGAAACCCAAAGAGCCCGAGAAACCUAAAGAGAAACCCAAAGAGCCCGAGAAGCUAAAGGUAGCUCCACCUGCGGUGAUCGUUAACCCGUGUUGUAUGGAAUGUUACGGACGGCAUCCUGGUGGUCCCUGCCAAACUGGGUAUGGUUACGGUGGACCUGCCCCUUACAUAGAGUACGAUGGCUACUAUGGAAGGCCGGUCUAUGAUAGUUACGGCGGUGGGAGGAACUAUACUACUAGUUACUGCGUGACCCGCCCCGAUUGUUUCAGUGAAGAAAAUCCCCAAGCGUGCGCCAUCAUGUAAAACCGUACGUACCUACCUACCUAGCUCAUUCUGUGCCUUUCGCUGCCUUUGUGGCAUGGGAAAGUUUCCAGCUGAGUGAUCCGGCCUUCAUUAAUUUUACAGUUGUUGUUGUUAUUGUCUGAUAGAACGAAAGUAAAUAAUAAAGUAUGGUUGUGGUGGACAGGUCACGAUCAGAUUAUCCAGCCAUCCAUUAAUUAAUUAUAGAGCUACAAGAGAUGAAGUUGUUACAAUUUUUAUUCUAAUUAAUGAAAUAAAAGUUUCCAAAAAUUAUUUGCA